UUAUGUGCCCAAGAAAGCAAAGGCAAAAAUGUCCAAAUAACAGAAUUUCAUGACAUUGAAUCGUAAUCACAGGAGAGCAACUCCAACUGGAUUCGUGUAGAAACAGGACAUGGUCAACCACAGCUCCCCAGUGGGAUUCCUCCUGCUGGGCUUCUCUGAACACCCACGCCUGGAAAAGAUUCUCUUUGUGGUCGUCUUGUGUUCCUACCUCAUCACCCUCCUAGGAAACACACUCAUCCUCCUGCUCUCCACACUGGAUCCCAGGCUCCACUCUCCAAUGUACUUCUUCCUCUCUAACCUCUCUUUCCUGGACCUCUGCUUCACCACAACCUGUGUCCCCCAGAUGCUGGUCAACCUCUGGGGCCCCACAAAGACCAUCAGCUUCCUGGGAUGCUCUGUCCAGCUCUUCAUCUUCCUGUCCUUGGGAACCACCGAGUGCAUCCUCCUGACUGUGAUGGCCUUUGACCUCUAUGUGGCUGUCUGCCAGCCCCUGCACUAUGCCACCAUCAUCCAUCCUCGCCUGUGUCGGCAGCUGGCAGCUGUGGCCUGGAUGAUGGGGUUGCUUCAAUCCAUAGUUCAGACACCUCCCACCCUUCGCCUGCCCUUCUGUCCCCAUAGGCAGAUAGAUGACUUUUUAUGUGAAGUUCCAUCUCUCAUUCGACUCUCUUGUGGGGACACUACUUUUAAUGAGAUUCAGUUGGCUGUGUCCAGUAUCAUCCUUGUGGUUGUGCCUCUGAGCCUUAUCCUUGUUUCGUAUGGUGCCAUUGCCAGGGCAGUGCUGAGGAUAAACUCAGCUGAAGCAUGGAAAAAGGCCUUUGGGACCUGCUCCUCCCACCUCAUUGUGGUCACCCUCUUCUAUAGCUCAGUCAUUGCUGUCUAUCUGCAACCCAAAAAUCCCUAUGCCCAAGAGAGGGCCAAGUUCUUCAGUCUCUUCUAUGCAGUGGGCACUCCUACACUCAACCCUCUUAUUUAUACCCUAAGGAACAAGGAGGUCAAGAGGGCAUUCUGGAGGCUGCUGGGGAAAAAUGGGGACUCCAAAAAUACCUAA